GAUCAAAAAGAGGAAAAGUGGAAUUAGUGGAUCCGUAUAAAAACCUGAAACGAGAGUCCAGUCUAGUAUUUAUGUGUACGAAGUCAAGCGUUCAUUAAAUUUAUAUGACGUAAUUUUCUUUUCAUCGCAUUGCUAAAUAGCCUUGUUUGCUAGUUGACUCUCACAGUGUGUUUGUGUUUACUACACUAUAAUCGCUUCCUUCGCCGAGUUAAACCUUAUUGCUGACAAUAAUAAUCCCAUUGCAAACACAUGCAUAUCCCUUUAUUUCAUGUUUCUGGAGCUUGAGUGGAAGGUUUUAUAGAGGUUUGAACAUCUCCAACAGCCGUUAGACGCUAAUGGCAUUAAAUAUAUCUUGUGAUUCUCCCUGACUCUGGUGUAUAUAGGACUUGGAUCAUUCAUGCUUUUUCGCCCAGAAUUUGCGAGACGAAUUUUCCGAAUAACGUAUAAAGAGCUAGUUGCGUGCGCUGCUCCAUUCGGGAAAAUCGUGGGCACCGUUUUUUGUGAGAGUUUCACAUAGUAGCAGAAAAACAUUUGGAUUUUACUUCUAUUGACAAGGUUGAGCGAAUUCCAACCAACACAGCAUUUCGCACUUGUGACUCGUCGUCUGCAAAUACUUAUAGCCCACCUACCUACAUACGCACUAACAAACAAACAAAAAUAAAUUGUUACUUUUACAUCAUUUUCACAAAACCGUUGUUAAACAUGUCAAAAUUAACUGGGCUACUUCUGAUUAUUGGCGUGAUUGGCUUGUCAAGCGGUUUGCCAGCCAGUACUAAACAGGUCAAAGCCACACUCUUUGCUAGGAAUAUAGACCCAACGGAACUGCCGACAGGGUCAAAUGGAACUGGUAAAAGUCCGGUUCACGUGGUUUUGAAUGUCCAAGUGAAGACUUUACUGGCUGCAGAUUCUAAAUCUAGGAGCCUCAAGUUGCAAAUGCUGGUAAAAAUGCGAUGGACUGAUCGACGGUUGGUGUACACCCCUUUUCCUCCUGACACUUCCCCGGACAACGUUACAUUGGAUUCCUCAGCAUUGGAAAAGUUUUGGGUACCCAUGAUUUACUAUGUUAAUGGACUUGAGAAAGAAACGGACAAAGCCAACCAGUUUAUCCGUGUAUUUGUCAAGACCGGAGAAGUUGAAUACAGUUCCCUCGUGACCAUCACCACUAGUUGUCCCAUGAACCUGCGCUAUUUUCCCCAUGAUACUCAAACAUGCUUGGUUCAAUUGUCAAGCUAUGGGAACUCAGUGUCGGACAUGGUUUUCGAAUGGAACAAGAAAUCUGCUGCCAGCGUGCUCCCAAAUGUUGCACUGCCUGACUACAGCCUACAGGAUUACACAACUCGUAAUUGCGACGCUGUAACUAACACGGGAGUUUACAGUUGCCUACAGUUAGAGUUGAAGCUGAAACGAGAGGGAGGCUUCUACUGCAUGCACGUGUAUAUUCCAUGUACAAUGUUGAUAUUGGUUUCCUGGUUAUCAUACUUCUUGCAUCCUACAAAAUCGGCGACUGCGAGACUUAUCGUCGUCAUUGCCGCCUUGGCUUUGGCUGUGGUGGGGAUCAGCAAUUUCAAUCUUCAAGCCCCCCGAACAGGAUACACCAAGUCGAUUGACGUUUGGACUGGAAUUUCGCUAACUUUCAUCUUAAUUGCUUUGGUUGAAUUUGUGGCUGUGAAUUACAUGAACCAAUAUCCAUGUCCACGUUCAAAGUAUUGCAAGAAACAACCCCCACCAUCGGAUGGAGUGGAUAAUGCGGAACAACAAACGCCAUUAAAUCCCAAUGGAGAAGGGAAAUCACCUCAGCAAUGUAAAAUGUUUGAAGAUUCUGAGGAUGGAAACACUUGUGGAGCAAAACUUGACGUCAUUUUUAGAAUUUCAAUUCCUGGUCUGUUUCUUGUCUUUGCCAUUUUGUAUUGGAUACUCUUUGUCUAAUUUGAUGCAUUCAUCUUAUGGUACAUAAUAUGCCGAAAAAUGUAUGUACACAGUACAUAUGUUCAUAUAUAGCUUAGUGAAUUAGUGCAAAAUUUGGUCCAUUUUACGACUUAUUUACAUGUAUUGCCUAACGCUGAUUGAAUUCAUUGAUUGGUUAAGGUAAUUUGAAUAUUCAGCUUCAUCGUAGUGACAGCACAAUGAUCUCUAAAAGUUAUUCGGUCUUAUUUUUGUUGGACGCUGAGUCAGGGAAGUUUGACGAUUAUACAGAAGUACAAUUUUAUUGUGCUUCGGGACCCUGUGGGUCCGUUACGUUUAUAGUGGAACGAUUUUCUUUAAACGAAGUUUUAAAUUAUUUUAUGCAGCAUCCUAUUGUUAAACCGCGGGACACAAUAUUGCAGCCUUGACAUGUUCAAAUCCGUGCGUUCAAAUUUCUGAAGCCUUUAAACUUCGUGUGUCAUACUUUACACACAAAGUUGGAAUUAGUUCAAAAUUCGCCUAAGACUACAAAAGCUGUCAGUCUAAUUCUGACGUACAGAUAUUUUAAAGCCAGAUGCUACAAAAUGUCGAAUCUCUAUUGUACAUGCUAUUUUUGAUGUUUAAUAAACUUGAGUUGUUCCAUAAAAAA